GUCCCAGGUUGCAACAUCGAUCGAUCGAAGAAGAGACGUUUUUUUUGAGAUUUUGACGCGGACAGCUGCUGAAUCGAAUUCAACUUCUCAAGUCCCCCGAUCUGUGCAAUUAACGAGUCUCAGGAAUUGAGUUGAAUUAGAGUUCCCGAAUGUCUAUGCUGAAUCAAUUAUUCAACAGAGGGCUUCUGGGAGCAAAGUGUAAAACAUGCUUAACUUUGGCAAUCUCACGCAUCAAAUUAUUGCAAAAUAAGCGAGAUGUGAAUCUGAAACUUAUGAGAAAAGAGAUUGCUGAAUUUCUGCUGGCUGGCCAAGAAGCUAUUGCGAGAAUCCGAGUGGAGCAUGUGAUAAGAGAACAGAAUACAUGGGAGGCAUAUGAGAUACUGGAGUUGUUCUGUGAAUUUGUUCUUGCCCGUGUGCCUGUUCUAGAAAGUCAGAGAGAAUGCCCUACUGAGUUGCGGGAGUCAGUGGCAAGCAUUAUCUUUGCGGCUCCCAGAUGUUCGGAUUUGCCAGAUCUAUUGAAUGUCCGGAAUUUAUUUGCCGCUAAAUAUGGAAAAGAAUUUAUAUCUGCUGCAUCAGAGCUUCGCCCUGAUACCAGUGUCAACCGUACAAUGAUUGAAAAGCUUUCAGUCACCGCCCCUCCUGCUGAUCAAAAGCUCAAAGUUCUGCUAGAGAUCGCAGCAGAACAUAAUAUCAAUUGGAACUCUACCAAAACUGAAGCAGAAUUCAGGAAAAAACCUGAGGAUCUUCUGAAUGGACCAAAACCAAUAGCUGCUCAACCAGGAAGACAUUCAAGGACUGAAGCUGGGGAACAUUUGGAUACAAAGGAUAAAUCAGCAGCAGCUCCUUUCAAUGGGAAGCAAGGAGAUGGCUAUGCACAUGCGCAGCCCCGCGCUUCCCCAAGCAACUCUGCUUCUGUUGCCUUCAGGUCUAGGACAAUCAUAGAAUCUUCAACCAGAGAGCACAAGGUAGAACCGACCCCGGGAGUUGAUAAUAAUAGCUCAAGUGUAGAAUUGCCAGAUGCAUUGCAAAGGGCAUGUGCAGCCAUUGCAGCAGCCGAGCGUGCUUGUGCCGAAGCCUGGGCUGCUGCAGAAUUGGUAAAUGCCGGCCAAACACGAUGAUGUAAACAACACCCUACUGGCCAACACCCUACUGGCCAAAGAAGCUGAUGCUCUUUGAUCUUAUCUUUGUGUGUGUUUUAAAUGUGCGGUUUUGGAGGGCAGAAAUUCAAUUGCGGGUGUAGUGUGAUUGACCACAGUUUGUAACAGCUGUUCUUCAUUACAUUAUCGUAAAAAUCAUCAAAUGUCAAACCUAAUUAAGUAA